CUAGCUAGGGAUUGGAUGUUGGCCCGCUUGACCAGGUGUAGACAUCCCCAAAGAUAAUUCAUACCCAGGCCGGUGCGCGUCUCCAUUUCCACCUCCUGGUCCCUAAUCGAACGUUUGGGGGCCCGCCACUAACGAAUUGGCCCUUUCCUGGACCCUCAGCUGCAGGCCAGCCGGGCUGCGCCUCCGUGCGCUUGUGACCGAGGCUAGCACGGGCCUGGUCUCCCCCCUCCCCCGCCUCACUAAGACCGUACCCCUUGGGAAAAGGCGCAGGCGCCUCACGCCGCCUGAUCUGUACCUUUCUCUUUACCCGAUUUUGCACCCCACCCCGCGUUUGGUUCCGAGCCUCCCAGCAGGGUGGGCAUACACUGGUGGAAGUCUAGAGCCCGGCUCCUGCAGGGGCUGGCUCUUAGUGGCGGCAGCCCUGUUCCUACCCAGAUGGCUCGUGGGGCCGAGCCCCCCGAUGGGGGCUGGGGAUGGAUGGUGGUGCUCUCAGCCUUCUUCCAGUCGGCACUGGUGUUCGGGGUGCUUCGCUCUUUCGGAGUCUUCUUCGUGGAGUUUGUGGCGGCGUUUGAGGAGCAGGCAGCGCGCGUCUCCUGGAUCGCCUCCAUUGGAAUCGCGGUGCAGCAGUUUGGGAGCCCCAUAGGCAGUGCCCUGAGCACGAAGUUCGGGCCCAGGCCUGUGGUGAUGACUGGGGGCAUCUUGGCCUCGCUGGGUAUGCUGCUCGCUUCAUUUGCUACCUCCUUGACCCACCUAUACCUGAGUAUUGGACUGCUCUCAGGCUCUGGCUGGGCCUUGACCUUCACUCCGACCCUGGCCUGCCUGUCCCGUUACUUCUCUCGUCGUCGAUCCCUGGCCACAGGGCUGGCACUGACAGGAGUGGGCCUCUCCUCUUUUGCAUUUGCCCCCCUCUUCCAGUGGCUACUCAACUACUAUGCCUGGCGGGGGGCUCUACUGCUGGUAUCUGCCCUCUCCCUCCACCUGGUGGCAUGUGGUGCUCUCCUCCGCCCACUAUCCCUGACUGAGGACACAGUUAUGGGUGGCCCUGCAGCCCAACUCACCUCCCUCCUCCAUCAUGGCCCCUUCCUCCGUUACACUGUUGCCCUCACCCUGAUCAACACUGGCUACUUCAUACCCUAUGUCCACCUGGUGGCCCAUCUCCAAGACCUGGAUUGGGACCCACUAUCUGCUGCCUUUCUACUCUCUGUGGCUGCUAUUUCUGACCUUGUAGGGCGUGUGGCCUCUGGGUGGCUGGGAGAUGCAGUCCCAGGGCCUGUGGCACGGCUUCUGAUGCUUUGGACCACCCUGACUGGGGUAUCACUGACCCUGUUCCCUGUGGCUCAGGCUCCCACAGCCCUAGUGGUUCUGGCCGUGGCCUAUGGCUUCACAUCAGGAGCCCUGACCCCAGUGGCCUUCUCCGUGCUGCCUGAACUGGUGGGGACUGGAAGGAUUUACUGUGGCCUAGGACUGGUGCAGAUGGUAGAGAGCAUCGGGGGGCUACUGGGGGCUCCUCUGUCAGGCUACCUCCGAGAUGUGACAGGCAACUACACAGCUUCUUUUGUGGUGGCUGGGACCUUCCUUCUUGCAGGGAGUGCAGUUCUCAUCACUCUGCCCCACUUCUUCUCCUGCUUUUCAGCUCCUACUACCAGGCCUCAGGACCUUGUAAUAGAGGCAGUGGAUACCAAAGUCCCCCUGCCCACGAAGGAGGGGCUGGGAGAGGACUGAAUUCCACUAAGAGAUAGUCCCCAAAAGCCAGAUCUUGACAGCUCCAGAUUUUCUCCUGCCCAAAGGAGGCAUCCACAGAACCACAGUGCCUUAAGAUUCUUGAUCCCUUUCUCGCCCCAGAGCAGGCCUGGGACUCCUCCGAUGUGUGUGCCAACCCUUGGUA